AGCAGAAAGAGCGAAGACUCAUAUAAAAUCAAAAAUUAUAUACCUUAAACGAUUUCAGAAAUUUUCAUUUGAAUUUAUAGAAAACAUUUCUUCUAACAUCACUUUGAUGUCAGAAUUGUUUUCGAAAAUCAAGAAUUUUUUCAUUUCCAAUUUUCAUUUAGUUCUAUAAACAGGUUGAUAAAAAUAUGAAUUUUAUAUUUUUUGUAAAAAGAAAUCAAUCAUAAAAAACCGUCUUUCUUUAUUUCGCUUUCCUUUGAGAAUUAAUUUCGGAAUUUCGCAAAUUUAAUUUCGAGAGAUUAACGCUUAACCAAAAAAAGCCAAUAAAAGAGAAAAUAUCAAUAAAUCAAUAAAAAAAAUACAAAAAAUUCAAAUCUGAUCCAACAUCUAAAGUUCGUCUGUAAGCAGCAUCGUAAACAACAACAACACCAAAAAAAAAAAGAAGUAAAAAAUACAUAAAAAAAAAAAAACACCGAAAACAGAAGAAAAAUGCCGAAAAAAUUGACAAACGAGGAUUUAGAAACUUUGAAACUUUGGCUAACGGAUCAUGAGGUUCACUAUAAGAAUUUGAAUCGUGAUGCUUCCGACGCCGUAUUGGUAGUAACUUUAUUAAAGAAAAUUCAUCCGAAACUUAUCGAUCUGCAUAACUACCCGUCACGUAAUAACACGCAGCUAAAGAUAAACAAUUGGGAAACGUUGAAUUUAAAGGUGUUAAGCAAGCUGGGUCUGCAGCAAAGCAAGAGCAUGCUCGAAAAAUUGGCUAAGGGUACUGUUGGUGCCGUUGAGGCUUUACUAAGCGAUAUAAUGCUGAUGGAGAAAGCGAAUCAGGCUCGCGGUGAUAAACGUGACGACGAGCAAGAGCAAUUAUGGUCGGAAAACGAUGAUCUUAUGAUGGUAACCGUGAACAAAAAGAUUGGCGAUGCGAUCAUCCAGGUGCCACAGAAAAUGAUAUUAUAUUCGAUUUACGAGCAAGUGUUGCGCAAAUCACAAGCUAAGGACGUUUAUCUGAGCGCCUCGCAGCAAAAAAUUACGCAUUUAGAGAACGUACUCAAAUUGAAAGCGGAACGUAUCGAAGAACUAUGCGCUCAGCUGGCCAAGGUAUCGGUGAGAAGCUUAAUGAAGCAACAUAAUUUAGAAACUUCAAGUUCCAAUUCGGCUCUGCCAACGGAAACCCUUAAUGACAACAACAACAACGACAACAACAACAACAACAGCAACAGCAACAUCAACAACGACCAAUCGAAUUUAAGAACACCCAGAACUAUUACAAUAACCACAGAAGUGACACCAAACGACUACAAUAAUAAUAACAGCAGCUAUCAUAACAUAAACAAUAACCUUAGCAGCAAUAAACUCUUUUAAUCCAAUCCUUGCUAUCUAUCAUCAAUUAUAAGAUACAUGCAUUCCGGUGGUAUGUGUCUAUAUGAUUGGGUUUGCUUGUCUGUUUGUCCGUGAGUGUAUUUACUACUACUAUUCUACUACUACUUAUACUACCACUACUACCACU